AUGUCUUCUCCAAACACUCGUGCUAAGGGUUCCUCUUCCUCAUGCUCUCCUGUCUAUCUCACUGGAGAUGGUGUCGACAAUCAUGCAAUAGAGUUUGGUCCUGUACCGAAGGAGAUGGCCAUCUUGUUUAGGGAUGAUGCUGAGGCCCCUCUGUGUUAUCAAAGCUCCACUUCUCUGGCUUCUCAUACCUGGGUUAGCAAAAACCUGAGUCACUCGUUUCCUUCAAGCGAAGUGAGGAAUAGUGCGGUGAAAUGGUCAGACUGGAUUGACAGGCUUCUUCCUAGGCACGGAACUCACUGGAAGAGGUCUGGUAUCUACGAUGCAAUUCUUUUGUCCAGGCACUCUAUUAAUAGAGAUGAGAACCUUCUGGCUGCUGCUCUAUGUUUCUGGAACUCUGCCAGCAACACCUUUGACUUCCGCCUAGGCCCGAUGACUCCAACUCUGCUGGACAUGGCUCAGAUCUUUGGGUUUAGGCCUCAUGGAAGGCCUGUUGAUGCUGUUGGUGAUUAUCAUAGAAGGAAAAAUCAGGAGAAAUUGUCCAGGCCCUUCACCAUCUCUACUGCCACCAUUAACCAGAAUUGCUCGUUUUCCAACUAUCUGAAGAAAUUCAGCACUGAGAAAGAUAGAGAUCAGCAACACAUGUUGUUCCUUCUUUAUUGGCUGAACAGGUUUAUCUUCCCCAACUGUUCCUCUGCAGUUCUGCUUGAGUACAGACAUUUGGAAAAGGCCAAUAAUCACACGGAUGUGGGGCUUGGGCUUACGGUCUGGUUGCAAGUGUACUUCCCAGAACUGAGGUUUCCAGACAUUGUUCUCCCUGAAGACUAG